AUGUCCAUGUACCCGCAGCACCGGGGCCUUCCCCAGAAUGCGAGCCGCUUGAAUGAGCUCCUGGACCAGAUCCGCGCCGAGUUCGACAACCAGGUCCGGCUCAACGAGGGCUACGAGCAGCAAAUCCAGCAACAGGUGCAAGAGGCCCAGCUGGUGCGCGAAAAGGUCUACCAGCUUGAGCAGACGCACAUGACCCUCAAGGCCAAGUAUGAGGAAGAACUGCUUCUGCUGCGUCGCCAGCUUGAGGCCGCUCGCGGUGGCGCCCCUCAGCCGGGCAUGCCUGGGCCUCCCCAGCACGGUGGCCCCUCGAACGUUCCUCCUCCGCCCUCCAUCGGCAUGGGCAACAACCUCUUCCAGGGUAUCAUGACCGGCCAAGGUGGCCAAGCCGGCCUGCCACCGCAGCCCCCGCCCCAGGAGCAGGGCCCCGGACCUCAGCAGCACCAGAUGCCGCAGCCUCCUCCCGGGCUCCAGGGACCUCCUCCCCCACAGCCUCCGCCGUCUCAGCAGCCCCCGUUCCAGCAGCCCUACCAGCAGGGUCCCGGCCCCAACGGCUUCCCGGGCCAGCCGCCCCAGAGUACCGCUAGCCCCGGACCUGGCAGCAAGCGCGGCAUUGGUGGUAGACCCCCGACCGGCCCUGCCACUCCGCAGAUCAACAACCCCAUGCCUUACCCGCCCGGCCCCGGUGCCUCCCCUCAGGUUCACAACCAACCCACGCCCGACCACAGAGGACCGAUGCCGCCUCACCCCGGUCCCGGUCAGCUCGUGAACAACGCCCUGGGCGAUCUCGACCCCGACCGUCUCCCUGCUCACAGCAAGAAGACCCGCGAUGACUGGUUCGUCAUCUUCAACCAGCAGGUCCCACGCACGUUGGAUGUUGAGCUUGUCCACACCCUAGGCCACGAGAGCGUUGUCUGCUGUGUGCGAUUCAGCCACGAUGGCAAGUACGUUGCUACCGGCUGCAACAGAUCCGCGCAGAUUUACGACGUCAACACCGGUGAGAAGGUCUGCGUGCUCCAGGACGAGAAUGUCGACAUUAGCGGGGACCUCUACAUUCGAAGCGUCUGCUUCAGCCCCGAUGGCAAGUACUUGGCCACCGGUGCCGAGGACAAGCUCAUCCGCGUCUGGGACAUCCAGAACAGAACCAUCCGCAACACCUUCUCAGGCCACGAGCAGGACAUCUACUCCCUCGACUUCGCCCGCGACGGCCGAACGAUCGCGUCUGGUAGUGGAGACAGGACUGUCCGUCUGUGGGACAUCGAGACCGGCGCUGCCAUGUUGACCCUGACUAUUGAGGAUGGCGUCACCACGGUGGCCAUCUCGCCCGACACGAGAUACGUCGCAGCCGGCUCGCUAGACAAGAGCGUGCGCGUCUGGGACAUCCAGCAGGGUAUCCUGGUCGAGCGACUGGAGGGUCCCGAUGGCCACAAGGACAGUGUCUACAGUGUGGCAUUCUCUCCCAAUGGCAGAGAACUGGUCUCGGGCAGUCUGGACAAGACUAUCAAGAUGUGGGAGCUCUCUGCGCCCCGAGGAAUCAGCAACCCCCCUGCGAAGGGAGGCAAAUGUCUCAGGACCUUCGAAGGUCACAGGGAUUUCGUCCUAUCCGUCGCGCUCACCCCUGAUAACGCGUGGGUCAUGUCCGGUUCCAAGGACCGUGGCGUGCAAUUCUGGGACCCAGUCACUGGGUACACCCAGCUCAUGCUUCAGGGACACAAGAACUCGGUUAUUUCCGUGGCACCCAGCCCCGCCGGAGGCUUCUUCGCGACCGGUUCUGGUGAUAUGAGAGCUCGCAUCUGGUCCUACAGGUCCGUAGGCCGGUAA